CACUCCUCCACACCAGGGUCAUCAUCCCCCCACCUCCUCCUCUCUCUCUCUCUCUCUCUCUCUCUCUCUCUCUCUCUCUCUCUGCCCCCAGUCUCCAACAACAGCCGGGAGCUCCCCCUACCAUCAUCGCCACGCCGCGAAUGGAGCUCCUCGACAUGGUGCCCGCGGACGCCAUCGCGCUCCGCCUCUACUCCCUCCCCGCAGCGGCGGCCGCCGCCGCCUCGCUCUACUACGCCUGGCUCGUCGCCGCGCUCGCCGCCGCCGUCGGCCUCUGGCGCAUCCGCGCGGUCGGCGCCGGCGUCCGCAGAGCCAGCGCCGUCGUCGUCGGCGAAAAGCUGCAGGUCCCGCAAGCGGCCCAUCCGUCGCCCGCCGUUGACGAGCCGCAGCCGGCGUCCCGGAGCGAGCCAGAGCCGAGCACGCCGUCCAAGGUCCGGUUCACCGCGUACUACGGUGUUUCCGGAGGCGACGACGGUGGAGUGGUGGACGGCGUCUGGAAAUGCGCGGACGAGGACGAGGACGACGACGAGGGGGUCGACGGCGAGGUGGAGGCGGUCCUGAGGAGGACGUCGUCAGCGCCGGAGAGAAGAAGGGCGGCGACGGCCCUGGCGGUGCCGCCGUGGGAGGAGAGGGAGAUGGCCGUGAGGCGGAGGGGCGACCUGGGGUGGUACCGGCACCUCGACAUGGCGGCGCUCGACGGCAGCGUAGUGAGGCUGUGGGACGGCGAGCUGACUGCGUCGCCGAGAGCGCGGAGGAGGAGGGCAGGAUUGGAAUUACAGUUGUCAUUUUAGAGAUGGUGUAUGGUUAAUCUGUAUAUUGUGGUUGUAGGAGUAAGGGGAUGAUGUAUUAGGAGGAUAUGGCAAUUUUGCCCUUUGAGAUUGUCAUUAGGUUAUGGCCAAGGAGAGCGAAGAGGGCCCUUUGUGUACCCGAGCCAGCUGGGCACAAAUGGAAACUGAUAAAUGUCACUGGUAUCUACCAUUCUACCUCAGGUCCUUCGCAUC